AUGGAAGAUGUUUUCCAUUGGCUUAUGGCAUCUUCCGAUCCGUAUAUUUCUAGCUCCAGAAAAAUUGCUCCGAAAAAGAGCAAAUCUUUGUCCCGCGAAGCAAUAAAACUGUUGCUAUCUUCUGAUGGUUUCCCAUGCUCUGCUAAUGAUACAACGAGCGAAUCCAGUGACGGAGAUUGUUUAAUAUAUAUAGAUAAUUGUGCUCGAUUUAACAAGAGAAUGGGAAGAAAGCGUAGGCACUCGCCCAUUUCUACCUCCUCAAGCAGUUCAAGCAGUUCGGAAGAGGAGAAAGAAAACUUAAGACGUAAAUUAAGAAAAGCAAAACGUAAACUCAAAGCCGCCAAAAUGGCGGCGGUUCAAGAACGGGAUCGUUCGCCGGCUAUUUCACAAGGAGGUACCUCCGAAUCCUUCCGUAGUGAAGGUGAGUCACCACAUUUGGAAAAUGUUAUCCUUCCAAACGAUCCACUAGCAUUGGAGACAGUUGCUCCCCUAAGUGAAGAGUUGCGAAAGGUAAUUGGGACAGAAACAGGAAUAACAGACACUAUUGGAGACGAAAUACAUGAUUUACUGGCAAGAACAUGGGAUUCUAUCUUAAAAAAGGGAAUAGAUAAUGAGAGCAAGUCUGAAUUAAUAUUAAAAUACCCAAGGCCCAAAAAUUGUGUAUUAAUGGCUGCUCCUAAACUAAAUUUUGAAGUUAAAGCGGCAGUAAACCAAUCUACUCUAAAGAGAGAUGAAAGACUGGGAGCAACCCAGACUCAGGUAGGAGCAAGUUUGGCGGCCUUAGGCAAGGCUCUUUCUGUUCUUCUCAAUAUGGAUGAGGACACAAAUCUACCCUUAAUUGAGGCAAUAAGUGAUGCAGCUAGACUUCUGGCUGACGUACAUUUUCAAGAAUCAGAGUCUCGUAGAGCUUUAGUAAGUCUUACGCUUCAAAAGGAUCUUAAGGACACCUUGAUCAAUGCAGCAUAUGAUGGUUGGUUAUUUGGAGAAGAUUUAGCGGAGAGGGUCAAGACAGCCAAGGCUAUUGAAAAAUCAGGACAAGAACUUAAGGGCAAAGAACAAACAAUCGCCCGGGCGGGUCAAAGUUCUAUUCCCCAAGACAACAUUACAAGAACAACGAAAGAUACGACCGGAAACAGUCUUACCGGCCUGCUCACUACAAGACGCAGACUCACAAACCACAGUACCCACCAGAGAGGCGCAGACGAUAACCAACAUAAACAAAUCUUAUCUUGGGUAAAAGGUUAUACUAUUCCUAUUAACUCUCCAGUUGUCCAAUAUCAAGCUCCUGUGGAACAAAAUUGGUCUUUUUGUGAGAAAAGACUUAUAAUGGGUGAAAUUUAUAGGCUUAUAAAACUUGGUAUCAUAAGUAGAGUCGUUCCUUGUCAAGUACAAUACAUUUCAAAGGUUUUUCUUAUUUCCAAAGCAAAUGGAAAAAUAAGACUUGUUCUAAAUCUAAAGUCCUUUAAUAAAUUUGUUAUAACUGAACAUUUUAAGUUAGAAGAUUGGCGCACUGCUUCCAGACUAAUUUCUCAAAAUGUUUAUAUGGCAUCUAUUGAUUUACAAGAUGCUUACUUCGCUGUUCGUAUAAACGAGAAUGAUACAAAAUAUUUACGAUUUCAUUUUGAUAAUAUUCUCUACCAAUAUAAUUUUCUUCCCUUUGGUUUAUCAACAGCUCCUUACGUUUUUACUAAGAUGAUGAAACCUGUAGUUUCCAAUUUACGGAAUCAAGGCCUUAUCUCAUCUGUGUAUUUAGAUGAUUUCCUAUUAUUGGGAGAUUCUUAUCAAACAUGUAUAAACAAUGUUAAAGUUACUUCUAACUUGCUUUGUAGUCUUGGUUUUAAAAUAAAUCUAAAGAAAAGCCAAUUAGAACCUUCACAAAUUUGUAACCAUUUGGGCUUUCUUUUUAGCUCUAUUGAUAUGAUUAUUAGCCUUCCAGCAGAAAAAGCUUCUAACGUUCUUAAUUUGAUUAACAAUUUUCGUGCCAAGAAGAAGUGCUCUAUUAGAGAACUGUCUAAAGUCAUAGGUGUUCUAGUUUCAACAUGCCCAGCUUUUAAAUAUGGCUGGUUAUAUACCAAAAAAUUUGAAAGAGCUAAAUACUUGGCAUUAAAAGGAGCAAAGGGGGAUUAUAAUAAGAUCAUAAAUCUUCCUCAGAGUAUUUCUUCAGAGUUUGAUUGGUGGGCUGAAAACAUUCACAAUUCAGGAAAGUCUAUCGAGUCAAACAACUUUCAAUUAGAAAUUUUCUCUGAUUCUUCCUUAAGUGGAUGGGGGGCAGUAUGUUGUGCAGAAAGGGUUCUGGGUCAAUGGUCAGAGAACGAACGCUCCCACCACAUAAAUUAUCUGGAGCUCUUAGCAGCCUUUUUUGCUCUUAAAUGUUUUGCCAGCCACAAAUCUAACUUAAACAUUCUCCUUCGCAUUGACAAUACCACUGCACUUUCCUAUGUAAACAGAAUGGGGGGAGUUCGCUUUCCUUUACUAAGUAAUCUAUCUCGCGAUAUUUGGCAGUGGUGUGAAGUCAGGAAUAUCUGGAUAUUUGCUUCAUAUAUAAAAUCAAAACAUAAUGUAGAAGCUGAUGCUGCAUCUAGGGAAUUACCUGCAGAAACAGAAUAUGAACUUAAUCAAGAAGUUUUCCUGGAUAUCGUUGAAAAGUUUGGCUCUCCUGAUAUUGAUCUUUUCGCCUCAAGACUUAACACAAAGUGUAAGACAUUUGCCUCUUGGAAAAAAGAUCCAGACGCUUUUGUAGUGGAUGCCUUCACAAUUGAUUGGACUCCAUUCUUUUUCUAUGCGUUUCCACCAUUUUCCUUAAUUCUUCCUCUCCUUCAAAAGGUUAUCAGAGAAGGCGCUUGUGGUAUUGUGGUGACAACCACAUCCACUACACCGCCAUCUUUCCCUGGUGGCAGGGAUUGUCUCCGGCAAGCCUUCGAGAUCAAAGGAUUUCAAAACACAACAAUAGACAUCAUGAUCGCCUCGAUCACAACGUCAACUUUGAAACAAUAUAACCAUAGUUUCAAACGGUGGUGGAAAUACUGUAUAUCUAACAAUAAGAAUAUGUUUAGAAGCUCAGUACCUAUUGUCCUCGACUUUUUAACUCUCAUUUUCCAGGAAGGCGCUUCCUUCGGUACUCUGAACUCAACACGGUCUGCCUUAUCGCUUCUGUUAUCCCCUGAUAUUGGUUCAGAUUAUAGAAUUAAGAGAUUCAUGAAAGGAGUUCAAAAUUCACGUCCACCAAGACCUCGAUAUAAUUUUACCUGGAAUCCAUCUAUAGUCCUAGAUUAUCUUAAAACACUUUAUCCUAAUAACACCUUAUCAUUAAAGGACCUCACUUUAAAACUCGUUACCCUAAUGGCUCUUAUUUCUGCGCACAGGGUUCAAACCUUAUCCCUGAUACUUUUAGAUAACAUCAGAGAAAGCAUAGAUGGAUUCCACAUCCUAAUUCCAAAUAGAAUCAAAACCUCAAAUUAUAAACGAUGUCAACCGGUUUUAAAUUUUCCAAAAUUUGACAAAACUCCUCAGAUUUGUGUAGCAAAUACAUUAAAAUGCUAUCUUGAUAAGACCAGGCAGCUAAGGAAUGACGAUAAUAAAUUUCUUAUUAUCACAUGUAAGAAACCUUAUAAGAACGCCAACCCUCAAACUAUAAGUCGCUGGAUAAAGUUAACCUUAGGUAAAGCUGGCUUGGAUACCUCUAUUUUUUCUGCUCACAGUACUCGCCACGCAGCGACUUCCGCAGCUCAAAGAAAAGGUAUUAACUUAGAUAUUAUUCGGAAGACCGCUGGUUGGUCAGAUUCAUCUGACACCUUUGCCAGAUUCUAUAACAGACCUAUUGUCGACAACAAUAUUUUCAGCAACACUAUUCUAAACCUAGCCAAUACCUGA